AUGCCUGGCACUUGCUUUUGCAGGUUGUUUGAAAAGAAGAAAAAAGCUAAUCGCCAACCCAGCAGUGAAGGCGUUCCGAGUUAUGCUUUUGAAGUACUAGCGAAAGCAACUGGUAAUUUCUCCAACAACAACCGUCUUGGCGAGGGUGGUUAUGGUCAAGUUUAUAAGGGAAAGCUUCCAAAUGGUAAAGUGGUUGCAAUUAAGAGGCUUAUACAUCAUUCUGAUUCGGAUAUGGAGGAAAAUGCGCAACUUCAAUUUGAGGAGGAGGUUAAAACCAUUAGCCGCAUCCGUCACCGGAAUAUUGUGGAGGUGGUAGGGUACUGCAGUAAUAAAGCUGACAGAUUGCUUGUUUAUGAGUUUGUUUCCAACAAUUCGUUGAAAUAUCAUCUGCGGGGAAAAACAUCGCAUGGAAUGGAAAGCCCUGCAAUCGAUUGGCCAAGCAGAAUGAAAAUUGCUUUGGGUACUGCAAAAGGAUUGGCAUAUUUGCAUGAAGACUGUAAACCCAGAAUUAUCCAUCGAGAUAUUAAGAGUGAUAAUAUUCUAAGGUAUGAUAUUUAUGAGCUUCAGAUCGGAGAUUUUGGAAUUUCCAAAGAUUUUGCAGAUUCUGCUACUCAUGUUUUCACUGAACCAAGGGGAACUGUUGCUUAUGCCCCUCCUGAGUAUUACAACAAAGAUGGCCAAAAUAGGAUACUCACCGACAAGUCCGAUGUGUUCUCUUUCGGAAUUGUGCUUCUGGAGCUAAUUACCAGGAAACUAGCUAUUUUUAUGAAGAAACCUUUAGCUAUUUGGGCAAUGCCUCUACUCAAACAAGUUUUGGAUACCAACGAACAAGACUUGGAUGCAGAGAAUUGUAAAGAUCUUUUUGAUUCUAAAUUGCAGAAAGAAUAUAAUAAAGAUGAAAUGAUUCGAAUGAUUUAUUGUGUUGCUGCUUGUUUAUAUAAACCUAUGAAAUUACGUCCACAAAUGAGCCAGAUAGUUGAAGUACUAAAAAAAAAUAUGGAACCAAAGAAUAUAUGGGACAGAAAUGACAGCAAGUACCUAUACGAAGGGUCGCCAUAUGCUCCAUUACCUCAGCAAAUCUCAGAUUCUUAA